AUGCCCGUAUCCCAUCCCAAUUCACUGGACUUUCUCUCGGCCACAUACCCAGGAACCAAAGCUAAGAGAUCCCAUGUAACCGGAGCUAUCAACUUUCCAAUGGCUGACGUUAUUGGUCCAAAUGGUUUUUUGAGUCAAGAAGAAGUGGAUGCGAAGAUCGCGAAACUCGGAUUGACAGCUGGAAAUAAAGGAAGCAUGACACAGUUGGCUUAUCGUGCACCGGAACUUGUCAAUACCACUGGAAACUAG